UAAUUGAGAUCCGGAAAAUAUAAAGGGGCCAAGUGAGAUUUUGAAUAAAUAUUAAAAUUAUCUUUGUACCUUAUCCCAAUUAGAUACGAAAUAAAAGAGGGCAGGAGAUAGAUAGAUAGGGUUUGCGUUUUUGUUCCACGAAAUGGCUAAUUCACUGUACGGCUACAAAGGCGGAGGAGGAGCGGCGGCGUCGACAUCAUCAUCACUCACCGGAUCCUACUUGUCGGAGAAGACGUUGAAACGAUACUUAGCCGGGUUUCCAGAUUCGGAUCCUUCUUCAAAGUACAAGCCUUCGUCCUCUUCCUCAAUGUAUCUUUCACACUAUACUAAUGAAGCCCUUAGGUACAGCACUUCCGCCUCUGACAGAGCUACAUGGACUCCGCCGCCCGGCGUUGACGUCGCUGAACCCUUGCUUUCUGCUGCCCUCAAACGCUCUUCUGAAGUGCUCUAUCCGACUGUUUUGGGUGCCCAUAACACAAUUGGGCAAACUGAAGCCUGGUAUUCUACAAACUCUUUAGCAAAACGUUCUAGAUUCGAGAUUGCAAGCGAUUUCUAUUUAUAUCCACAGAGACCAGGGGAGAAGGAUUGUGCCCACUAUAUGCUCACUCGAACCUGUAAAUUUGGAGAUACUUGCAAGUUUGACCAUCCUAUUUGGGUUCCCGAGGGUGGAAUCCCAAAUUGGAAAGAGAUCCCACUUGCUGCUACAACUGAACCCCUUCCUGAGAGACCAGGAGACCCAGAUUGUCCUUACUUCCUAAAAACUCAGAGAUGCAAAUAUGGUUCAAAAUGCAAGUUUAAUCAUCCAAAGGAUAGUUUGGCUUCGGGUGGUACUCAAAGCAAUGAUGAUUUCUCCUUACCAGAGAGGCCGUCUGAGCCCUUAUGUGCAUUCUAUGCAAAGACUGGAAGAUGCAAAUUUGGUGCGACAUGCAAAUUCCAUCAUCCAAAGGAUUUGCAGAUAGCAUCAGGUCAAGAGAAUGGUAACACAAUGCAGAAUGAAUCAGCAGUUAUGACUGAUGGAACAACUGGAGAUGUCAACGCAAUGAAAUCAUUAGUAUCAUUUGAUCAAGCCUUAUUUCAUAAUUCCAAAGGACUUCCAAUACGGGCGGGUGAAGUGGAUUGUCCAUUCUACCUGAAAAUGGGAAGUUGCAAGUAUGGUGCCACUUGCCGCUAUAAUCAUCCUGAUAGAAAUGCAGUUAAUCAAUUUGUCGCCUCUCCAGCAGCUAAUCUGAACGUCGGCAUUGUUAACCCAGCUGCCUCAAUAUAUCAAGCUAUUGACCCUAGAUUUGUUCAGCCAAUGCUUGGAGUGGGACCAACUAUAUAUCCUCAGAGACCUGGACAUUCAGAAUGUGAUUAUUAUAUGAAGACGGGUGUGUGCAAGUUUGGGGAAAGAUGCAGGUUCCAUCACCCUAUUGAUAGGCUGACACCACAACAGGCUAAGCUUACGCUUGCAGGAUUUCCUAGGAGAGAGGGUGGUGUUCAUUGUCCAUAUUACAUGAAGACUGGAACAUGCAAGUAUGGUGCAACAUGCAAAUUUGACCAUCCACCCCCUGGAGAAGUAAUGGCAGUUGCAUCAUCACAAGGGGCGGAAGCUGGAAUUGUUCAAGUUCUGUAGCGCCAAGGCCACGAACAUGAAUGUUAUCUUUAAUCUCGUGUUAGUUUUUGUGUUUAGUAGAUGAGCUUUGUGUGUAAUCUAAUUUUCUUUUACGCAUCUCUAGUAUUUGCUUUGAAGUUAGGCAACUAUUUUACCAUCUGAAACACUUGUCAGCCUUGUUUAGUUACUUUCUACGUUUUAUUAUUAAUUUUUCUUUAUUUGUUGUGUUA